GUAUUCCUAUGAAGGACUGGAGAUUUGUUUCAGGAGAAUUGAAACUCGUGGCAUUAAAAAACGAAAGUGCAGCGCCAGUUCUCAGUUGUGAAGCUUCACUUCUGCGAGGAACUAAAGCUACUGCAGUCAUGGCGUCCUCCAGCAGUCUUCUGUGUGAGGAGCAGCUCCAGUGCGCAAUCUGUCUGGAUGUGUUCACUGAUCCAGUGUCUACUCCGUGUGGCCAUAACUUCUGCAUGUCCUGUCUCAGAGAAUGCUGGAACAACAGUUCAUACUGCCAGUGUCCAGUUUGUAAGCAGGAUUUUGAUAAAAGGCCUGAGCUUCGUGUGAAUACCUUUAUCUCUGGACUGGCUGUUCAGUUUAGGAAGUUGGUUCAGGUGAAAUCCAGCAGCAGAGCGGAGCAGCUCGGUUUCGCAGGUACAAAGGUGCUGUGCGACUGCUGCACAGGGGAGAAGCUGGAGGCUCUAAAGUCCUGUCUGGACUGUGGGGUUUCUUACUGUAACACUCAUCUGAUGCCUCAUACAAGUGCAACUAAACUGAAGAAACACAAACUGAUAGAUGCUGUGGAGAAGCUGAAGGAUUACAUCUGCCAGAAACAUGAGAGACCCCUGGAGCUGUUCUGUAGAGAUGACCAGAUGUGUGUGUGUCAGUUCUGCACUGAGGGAGACCACAAAACCCACAGCACUGUUCCUAUAGAGGAGGAAAGUCAAGCAAAGAAGUCUUUGCUAGGGAUGGCACAGGCAAAAGGUCAGCAGAUAAUCCAGGAUCGAAUGAGGAAGAUUGAGGAAAUCAAACACUCUGUAAAACUCCAUAAAAGAAACACAGAGAAGCAGAAAGUAGACAGUAUGAAGAUGUUUGAUGAUCUGAUGCGCUGUGUUGAGAGGAACCAGGCUGAGCUGCUCGAGGAGAUGAAGGAAAAGCAGAGAGCAGCAGAGUGGCAGGCUGAAGAGUUCAUUAAAGAGCUGGAGGAGGAAAUCACUGAGCUGAAGAGGAGAGACACUGAGCUGGAGCAGCUCUCACACACUGAUGAUCAUCUUCACUUCCUGCAGAUGUACUCAUCCAUGUGCAGCCCUAAGCACAUCAAGAACUGGACUGACAUCAGGUUUAACCCUGAGAUGAGUGGCGAGACUCUAAUGAGAGCUCUGUCUAAACUUCAGGAAUAUCUCAGUAAGGAAAUGGAGAAACUUGCUGAAAUGAAACUUAAGAAAAUUCAGCAAUAUGCAGUGGAUGUGACUCUGGAUCCUGAUACAGUUCAUCCUUACCUCAUUUUGUCUGAAGAUAGAAAACAAGUGACAUGUGGAGACUGUGUACAGAGUUACCCUGAUAACCCUGAGCGGUUUAAUCGCUGUCCCUGUGUGCUGGGGAAGGAAGGAUUCUCCUCAGGGAGAUCUUACUACGAGGUACAGGUCAGAGGGAAGUCCAUGUGGGAUUUAGGAGUCGCCCGAGAGUCCAUUAUCAGGAAGGGAAAGAUUACAGCCUGCCCUGAGAAUGGAUACUGGUCUCUGUGUCUGAGGCAUGAGACUGAUUAUAAGGCGUGUGAGUCUCGCUGGAUUUCACUCUCUUUGAAACAGAAGCCUGAAAAGAUCGCGGUGUUUGUGGAUUACGAGGAGGGUCUCGUCUCUUUUUAUGAUGUAAACACUAAGACUUGUAUCUACUCUUUCACUGGUCAGUCUUUCUCUGAGAAACUCUAUCCAUAUUUUAGCCCCUGUCUCAGUGAUAAGGGUCAGAAUUCAGCACCUUUGAUUAUCAGUUCUGUUAAACAGUCUGCAUGAAAUGUUCUUCCUAAAGACACAACCUUUACGCCAACUGAUACUUAAGAAAUUGUUACUGAUACGCAAGAGAUUUUUCUGUGGAAUUGCUGUUUAUCAGCCUGAAGUAAAUCUAAUAUAAAGUGCAAGUGACUUUAUCCUAAGAAGGUUUGACUCUGUCUUGCAGUAAUUGUCUACCAUUAUUUAACAUUAAAGUAGCUUUUGCCACAUCUGUAAUUAAAGUAAUUUAUACUGUAGCUUACUGUAAUGCUUAGUGUGUCAUGACUCACUUUCUACACAUUAACAUCAACUGAAUAUGUAACAAAAAUGGAAAACAUCAGUAAAUAAUUAAAUGAAAUGAAA